UGCAUUUUUAGGAAAUGUUUACAGUUGUCUUGUCCAUAUCUAUUUUUGACCGGAACAGCUGGGUCCAAACCCCCAAGCAGUAACUUCUUAGCUGUGUGACCUUGGGUAAGUUACUUAACCUCUCUGUGCCUGUUCCCCAGUUGUAAAACUGGGGUUUCAGCUAUUAUCACUACUUCAUUUUUAUGUAAUGUUAAGUGCAAUUAUGUAAUUACAAUAACAAGUACAACUGCCACAAAACAGGUUUGGGAACAAGCAGCUGACGCUUAAUAAGCAUCCAAAUAAGCUAAUGGAGUGGAAGUCCGAGGGUGUGCUGAGACCAGCCUGCUGGCUCUGAGCAUUCAGCAGGCCAAGGGCGUUAGUCAGAGUGUUUUACAGAAGGAAAUGCGAAGCGGCAGGUAAGCCAAGGUCAAUUAAGCCAGGAUAGUUAAGAAGGACUUCAAGGAACUUUCCCAUCAUCUCCUCCAGCCCCGGCUGCAUGUCAGAAUCACACGAUGAUGGCUUCCCUGGUGGCACAGUGGUUAAGAAUCCACCUGCCAAUGCAGGGGACACAUGUUUGAGCCCUGGUCCGGGAAGAUCCCACAUGCCGCGGAGCAACUAAGCCCGUGCACCACAACUACUGAGCCUGAGCUCUAGAGCCUGCGAGUCACAACUACUGAGCCUGCCUAUCACAACUGCCGCAGCCUGCGUGCCUAAAGCCCGUGCUCCGCAACAAGAGAAGCCACCGCAAUGAGAAGCCCGUGCACCGCAACGAAGAGUAGCCCCCGCUCGCCGCAACUAGAGAGAACCCGCGCGCAGCAACGAAGACCCAACGCGGCCAAAAACUACAAUAAUAAAUUAAAUAAAUUUAAAAAAAAAGAAAACACUAAAUUUAGAAAAAAAAGGAGAAUCACCUGACGAGCUUUACCAAGCACAGGGCUCUGACACGCCCAGAGGCUGAUCUCUGGCUACCAGGUGGGGCCUGGGCACCGGCAUUCAGAAAAGCUCCCGGAUGAUUGGAACAGGCAGGGUUGAGGACCGCUACCCUAGAAUGUAACCCCGGGAGGGCAGGGCCUGCCUCUCUCGCUCACGACUGGACACGCAGCACCUGGCACAGUUCUUGGGCACCGUGGGCACUCGACUCCCGUCUUUCAAGGAGGGAAUGGCAGCCACCAGGUUCCACGAGCAGGGGCACAGGCCCCACUCCUGCUUCCCAGCUGCCCCAUCACCCCAGGGGGUGGGAACCCACACGAAGCAGCUGCGGCUGGGCCUAAGCGGCACACAAAGACACCAAGGGGGAAGCUGGGCCUCCACAAGAACCCGGGGCCUCGAUGGUGAUAAACACCCACACGCUGGUUCCAGGAGGUGCCAGCUGGAGCCGCGGUUAAUCAUCAAGCCGGCGCCACAGGAAGUGAGCGGCCAUGCGUGGCAGCCUCAGCCCUGGCGCCUCCGGAGCUCUGGGCAGGUCCUUUCCGUAGACGCGUCAUCCGGAUUGAGAGGAGGGGAAGGACCCAGCCACAGGUGAGGUGGACGGGCGGCCUGGGGCAAGGGCCCCGGAUCCAGUCUCUUCCCCCACCCACCCCAAGUCUGACCUCUCUCAGCCAGGACACCCCAAUCCACGCGCCCUGAACAGCCCCCCAAAACAGCAUCACAACGAGGGCAGAACACGGCGGAGGGGGUUCACAUGGACAGACUACUAACAAAACGCGCCUGGAAGGAUGAGUUCUGGCAGAACCCCUUGGACCAGGGGGGCCUGGUAGUGAUCUGCUUGUUCAUCAUUACGGUCCUGUUUCUCAUCUUGUUUGCUAUUGUGUUUGGUUUACUCCCCCCACUCGAUAGGGUCAACCAGUGUGAAGAGUCGUGACCUGACUUUCUGUGGGCCGAGAAGGGGGCCACUGUUAUACACUCUCAAAACACCAUGUACCUUUUCUCCAAAGCCCUUUCAACAGUCUGGAAUCAUACAUUUUUCAUGUGAUUAUCUGAUAAGUGCCUGUCUUCCCCACUGGUCCAGGCAACAAAAAGCAGGGGCUGGGUCUCUUUCUGUUCCCCAUUGUACCCCCUUUUCUGAUGUGCCCUCGCACAGAGUCAGUAUCAAUCAAUAUUUGCUGGUUGAAUAAAUGAAUGAAUGAACAAAUGAGCAAAUGAAUGGAUAAACAGAGGGAUGCUGGGCCGUUGGCUCCCCCAGCCUGGAGACCCUAGGAGAUGACAGAGCCCAGUACAAUCUAGGCCUAAACCAAAGCUGUUUUUCCCAUCUCAGACAGGGUCCAGAGGCCUCUAGGCUGGAGGAAGGUUGCUUUGAACCUAAUUACUGUUCCUUUUUACACGCAAAGGUAAAUUUGGCCCUGUCAUAAAUAAUCAAAUGCAUUUCAUGGCCACGCUCAGGGAAAGUAGCUGCACACAAAGAAGAGAGGAAGCCAUCUGGACACCCCACGCUGGCCUCAUUCAUGUGACCCAAGUGUCUUUUCUCUUGGUCCCAGAGAUGCCCAGGUAUCCCUCACAGGGUCCCCAGCCCCCAUGCACCCCAGACCCUACAACGCAGCCCUUGUAGAAAUGUCCCCGCCUCUGCCAAAGCCACCAAGCAGGCCUGUCCCUCGCUGCCAAGUGCCCUCCCUUUGCAAACAGCUGCUUCAACGUCAACCUCAAACCAGGCUAUUCUUAGAAAAAGGGCAAGCAUCUGGUGAGGAAGGGGCUUUGCCUUCGUGCUAUAUACCGUUUAUGCAAUGAAGAAACAUUCCUUUUUACUCAAAGAGCAAUUUCAAAUCCAGCCACACCAGCCAUGUUCACUCUGUCCCAGGGCCUGGAA